UCUUCCUCAUACACUUCUCUCUCUGCUCUUCCCCCCUCUUUCCACCCUCAUGCCAGCGCUGGUACAUUCUACGAAAGAAGUUUGAGAAGGAGGGGGUACCGAUCCCGGGCCGCAAGGCAAGAGAGGGUCGGGAGGCAGCAGCGAGAGAGGCAGCAGCGAGAGAGGCGGCAUCCAAAGAAGCCGCUGCAAAGGCGGCUGCGGCUAACGCGGCGGCUGCUAAGAAGGCUGCUGCAAGACAGGCCGCUGCUAAAGAAGCAGCUGCGAAGGCUGAAGCUGCUGCGAGGGAAGCAGCAGCAAGGGAUGCGGCGAGAGAAGCAGCGAGGGAGGCAGCAAGGGAAGCAGCAGCUAAGGAAGCAGCGGCGAGAGAAGCAGCAGCUAGAGCUGAGGCUGAGGGUGUUGGAAAGGCAGGAGAGGGUGGUGUGGGAGGGGAGAGCGCGGAUGGGAACCCGCUGGUGCAGGCAGCAGCAGUGGCGGCAGGGGCGCGGAUAGCACCUCCCUCAGCUGCCGCCUCCCUCAUGCAGGCUGCUGCAGGGAAGGCAGGUGCGCCUGUGGUGGUGCACCACAUCACCCGCUCGCCCCAUACCUAUGGGUCAGGCUCGGCAGCAGGCUUUGCGCCCGGCGGUGGAGGUUUGGGAAGGGGUGGGGCAGUGGGGGCGGGGGGUGGAGCAGGCAGGGGUGGGGGAGGGCAGAGUGGGAGGGGGAGAGGGGCUGCUGCUUCUGCUGCUGCUACCGCCGGUGCUGCUACAGUUGGUGUGGGAGGAGGGAGAGGAGGGGUAGGGGGAGUGGGGAGAGGGGCCGGUUCGUCUGUGCCAGGUGGCCAAACCCCAUUGGCUGGGAGUAAACCAGUGGGGCAAAGUGCUGCUUCGGGAAUACCCCCAGCCAGCGCACAGGGGGGUGCAGGGGGAGGUGCAGGCGCUCAGGGGGGCGCAGGGGGAGGUGCAGGCGCUCAGGGGGGCGCAGGGGGAGGUGCAGGCGCUCAGGGGGGCGCAGGGGGAAGUGCAGGAGGAGCAGCAGCACCACCACCCGAAUUGGGAGUGUUGGCGCAUUCAAAGGUGCCAGAUGCAACAGUGCUGUCAAGCUCACGCGAUGCAGUGGGAACUGCUGCUGCUGCUGAUACUGCUGCUGCUGCUGCUGCUGCUGUUGGCACUGCCGGUGUUGCUGCUGCUCCUGCGACCAAUGCACCAGCCCCCGGUGUGAGACAAGAAGAAAAGGAGUUGCUGUUUCUCUCCUUAACCAACCCCCUUGUCUCUUCCGCACCCCUCCCCACCUCCCACCUCCCCCCCGCUUCCCGUUCAUCGUGGUUUAGAAGUAGAGGAGCUGUUGGCGGGGGGCGUGGCUAA